UACUAUGUCAAGUGGCUGAAUAGUUCUCUCAUACAUGGUCUUUGGAACUAUAUCUUCCUGCUGUCAAAUCUAGCAUUGUUCAUCCUGAUGCCAUUUGCCUACUUUUUCACUGAAUCAGAGGGAUUUUCAGGCUCUAAGAAGGGUAUAAUGGCCAGAGUGUAUGAAUCACUGGUGUUACUGUGCCUCCUGGCUAUCCUAGUGUUUGGUCUGGCAUGGGUCGCCUUGGCUCUUAUUGACAAAGAUACAUCUAGCAGGAAGGCUCUGUGGCAUGUUUGGAGUUUCUAUCUGCCCCUGCUGUACUCAUUUAUCUCCCUGUUGGGGGUCCUCAUGCUGCUGAUCUGUACCCCAGUGGGAUUUGCUCGACUCUUCACUGUCAUGGGUCAACUUGUUGUCAAGCCACAGUUUUUACAAGACAUCGAAGAGGAGAUUAACACAGCGAGAUUUGAAGAAGAGACUUUACAUAGAAAAUUGCAGUAUAAAGUGAGGCACACAAUAGCCAAUGGAACAAACAGUGUCCAAGAGAUUGAAGAGAAAUUAACAGAAGUCCAAGAAGACAGAAGAAAACUUGAAAAACGGAAAAAGGUGUCAGCCCUUAGGCGCAACUUGGGUUACCCACUGAUGAUGAUCUUACUUUUAGCUUUAACAGCUGUAUCUGUGUUAAUAGUGGUUCAGAAUUCCAUAGAACUGUUAUUAGGAGGAAAGGAGUUACCUGUAGGCAAAAAGGACACAGUAUUAGGCAAGUCCUCUUUGGUGGCACUCGGUCCAAUUGGAGCAGCAUUUGAAAUUGUACUGAUUCUCUACUUUAUGUUAGCCUCUGUUGUUGGCUUCUAUAGUUUACCAGUAUUUUCCCGUCUACGCCCUUUAUUGCAUGAUACAACAAUUACGAAAAUCAUAGGCAACUGCGUAGUCUUACUUGUACUAAGUUCAGCUCUCCCAGUAUUAUCACGAGCAUUGGGAAUCACAAAUUUUGAUCUUUUGGGAGACUUUGGAAAAAUUGACUGGUUAGGAAACAUGGAAAUAAUAUUGACAUACAACCUGAUAUUUGGAGUGGCGACAUCUUUAUGUCUGGUUAAAAAAUUCACAUUAUCCAUUCGACAAGAAAUCUAUAGAAGAUUAGGAAUGGCAUUCCGUAGAGAACAAAAACGUACAACGUCACUGAAUAUAAAUGGUAGCGCUGUAAAGGACCAAUCACAUCCAAGCAACGGCUUCACAUCCCCAAAUAAUGGGACAAAUGGCACAAUACAACUGAGUUCAACGAUCACAAUGAAUGGAAACACAACUCACGACAAAAAUGAAUAGUUGGAUAUAAUAAAGGAGGUGCUUGGAUAACAAAAUAUGCUUAAAAUCUCAAAAAACUGAAGUUAGAACAGGGGAACAUUUCGGAGACAGUAUUAUAUGUUUUGUGUGUGUUUAUCCAUAAAUGACUAACUUAACCAGGUCAUUUGUAUAAAACUAUGUAGCGAAACAUUUCGAAUGGUGAAAGAGCUAGAGAACUUGGGCCAGUGCUUUAAUAUUAAUGAAGUGCCAAUUUGAUAUUAGUAGGUCACCUAUAAGGUCAGUAUGUGAAUGUGCUAGAUAUUAUGUAAUGACAUCCACUUGAAUAGCUUAAAAUAAAUUGAAAGAAUUCCUCUUGGCAUUCAGGCAGAGGUAAAGCAUAAUAAAUAUAUCAACAAUAUUAUGUCAGUCAUUGGUUUCAAAUAUAUUUCAAAUAUAAAAUAUAUAUGAAGUAUAAACAAUUCUGAAAUAGAUUUGCUUAAAAGCAUCAUUAUAAGAUCAUAAUGAGAUCCCCAGUAUGCCUAACUAGUAAUUGUGAAAGUAAAAAUGUCUGAAAUGUUGUUAAACACUUCUGAUUUGAGGGGACUGUACUUGGUAGUGUUUGAUUGCUACUACAUGUAUUUCAUUUAUGCAUUCUACUGCAGCCUUAACCAUUGUAGUAUUACAAGAAUGGCCUCUGUUUGGUGAUUGACAUGUAUACAAUGAAACUAUAUUCAGUCAUAAUGUUAUAUAGUCAAUAUAGAAUCUGUGGAACUGGUUAAAAUGAUCUAACAAUGCAAUUUCUCUAUAUAUAAAUCUUCAUAUGGUGCUAUCCUGUGGGGUGUGAAUAUGUUCUUUUUUCUCAUGUUAUAUUGUGAUAUGACUGAAAUCUGUGUAAAAUACAAUUCCUCUCU